UGUGGCCCAGCUCCAGUUAUUGAGAAUGGAGACAUUCUUUCCUUCCCCAUGCAAGAAUAUCCACUAGGAACAACUCUGGAAUACAAAUGCCCAAGUCUCUACAUCCUAGAAGGAUCUCAGUAUAUCACGUGUACUGAUGGGCAGUGGACGACCCCCCCUGUUUGCCUAGUGGCCUGCACAGCAUCUGAAGAAGACAUGGGCAGAAACAAUAUUGAGCUGAAAUGGAUCUUAAGAAGAAAGCUGUAUUCCAGAUCGGGUGACUUUAUUGAAUUUCAGUGUAAAAGAGGCUAUGUGGAGGACCCAGCAUCUUCCCCCUUCAGAGCACAGUGUGUGGAGGGGAGGUUAGAGUAUCCACAGUGCAAGCCAGGAAAUGGUGGCACCGACAAGUUUCACGCCCUGAACGUUUUAGGGCAAAGUGUCUGGAUGGAGAGAUUAAUUAUCCUUCAUGUGAAA